CCAAUUUUUUAGUACAAGUAGAUUUAUUCAUUUUUUUAAUACAAAAUUCUCCGAAAAGUGGGUGGGAAAAAAGAUGCAUUGGGCCCAUAUGUGUUGUGGCCCUAAUUGAAAUAGGAAAGGAAACCAAUUUAAACCGAGACAGCAUCAUUCAUUCAUUCAUCGAAACCCAACAGCCCUAGCGCAGGAGUUCUCUGUUAUUGUCAUCAGAUUUCUCUCCGGAUUCCUUCUGCCCGUCGAUGGGAAAGGAAAUUACAGAUUCCUCCAAUACGAUGCAUCUCCAUGAAAAUCAUGGUGCUCUGUUGAAAGAAAACACAGCUCAUGUCAGAGAACUCUUCGACCAAUUUCUAUUAUCGUUGAAUCAUGAACCAGCUCCGCGGAUGAGGGCGACAUCAGGAAUGGAGAAUACAUACUCCUCUCCAUGCGACGGCCGCACUAUGCAUCUCCACAAAAAUCAUAAUCCGUUGGAAGACACAGUAGUUAAUGUGGAAGAGCUCAUGAGCCAGUUUUUAUCAUGGAUGGCCCUGAACACAGGAAAUCCAAGGGGAACAAUGAUUGCAUCCAAUUGUGGAUUCAACAAUGGGGCAGAUUUUGAGGAUGAACAUGUCACAAUUUAUAUCCAUUUGCCUGUCAGAAAGAUAAAGCCUGUACAUAAGGAAUCCUAUAGAGACGAGUGGUUUUCUAUUUCAACGCAGCAUUUGUCGUCCAGUAAAGGCAGUCCCUUCUGCCCGGCCUUUUUGGAUCCAGGCGAUGCCCAUGGAGGAUGGAAGGAAGCUCCUCCCCUGCCUCCGGUAACCUUCAAUUAUUACUUCUUUGAGGCCAAUGACAAGAUUUAUGGAUUGGGGAUCUUUAAGGGUCUCUCGUUUGAUUUAUUGUGUCUUGAUUGCCACGAUUUGUCUAAAGGCUGGCAGUCCAUACACCCCAUUAGUAAUGAACUAUCAAAACAGCAUCUUGAUGAUACUUUUUAUGCAUUCAAACUCCAAUAUGAAACCCCCGUUGAUCCUGCAACUUGUAAAAGCAAGCGCCGUGCUACGCAUGCCGUCAUUCUUUUAUCAAACCAUCUCGUUUCUUAUGAUUUUGACCAAAAUGCAUUUAAGGUGUAUGAUGACCACGUGCCGCAAGAAUGUUCCUGGAAAUGCUGCACAGGUGUUGGUCAUGGGAAUUUGUUUUACAUUUUGUGCCAGAAAAACACAUAUGAAAAGCCAUACGCCGUUCUUAUGGUCUACAAUGACAGCGUCCACAAAUGGUACCCAACUCCAGUUGUUGGUUUCGAGAACUUUCCUCAUGCUUUGCCAGUGAGCUAUGAAAGAUUUUCUAAACCGGAACUCCCACGUGCACAAUUGUUGCUCAUAGGCGAAGGACGUCUCUGCAUCCUUUGGGCUGACAAGGUUGACUUUCACAAUGCUGUCACUCCAAUUCACUGUACCAAAUUUGAUGUUCAAGUGAUUGAUGAGCAACCACGUGCUGUCAAUGUUUCCACCCAGUUGUUCAAUAUCAGGGGUCCACACUCUAUUCGGAUAAAUGCCGUUUUAAUUCGCAGGGAGACGAUGCCACAACUCUGAGGAAGAGAGUGCACACUGGUUGGGGUGUCCACGACACAGCCCUGCAAGAAUCAUAGAAGCAAGGGGCGUAAGACCAAGGAACACAAAAGCAAGGCGGGAGGUAUGGGGGGAAUGGGAGGAACAAGCUAAAGCUUUAUGAAUGGAUGGUAGUGUUUUUUCUGGUGUCUUCUUCAUCUAUUUUGGAGUGGGAAUGAAUCUGUGAGGCGAUGAUCUCUACGUUUCCCUGUGAACAACAAGUGAUAUGUAUGUAUCAGCUCCAAUGCCAGAACACAACAGAGAAAAUAGGAGAUCAGAGAGAGGGCAGAAGAACAUAAAGAAAGAGGUAAAAA